CCCGCGGUCACUCUGUACCUUUGUUUUGCAAAAGAACGGACUCGAGUCUGGGAAGCCGUGAGCGAGAUUUUUUGACCGAGAAGAGCAAGGAGGAAUUGGUUGGCGCGAGCGCCAGCGGCACGGAAAGAUCCAGGCAAGGCAGUCGUGGAGGAGGGGCGAGCUCAGGCUCAGGCUGCAGAUACUGAUACUGCAGCCGCUGGAAAAAUGGCCAGUACUCCUUCAAGUGCGCCCAGUUCUGGUGCUGGAUUUGAAGCUGGAGCUGGGGCUGGUGCCGGCUCCAGCACACUGGAAGGAACCCUGAGCAAAUGGACGAACGUGAUGAAGGGCUGGCAUUACCGCUUCUUCGUGCUGGACGAGACUGCGGGCCUGCUCUCCUACUACACGACAAGAUGGGCAUUGCCUUGAUGUUCCUGCUGGCGCUCUACCAGAUGCAGUCGGCCAUCCACAGCGAGAUCAUUGAGUCGCCCAAUUUCGGUUCGAAUGCCUUGCUGGAGUCAGACACGGAUGCGGAUCAGGGCUCCAGUUUUCAGACGGGCCAUAGGGAAAUCCUUCAAGAUGCCGAAAAGAAGCCGGAUCAAACAGAGUUGGAGUUUCGGUACCCCAUCUCGGCCAUAGGCAUCGACUAUGCCAGGAAUUCGGUGAUUCUGCGUUUCCAGAAGCACGGCCGAAGGCAGCGCCUCAAGUACGAUCCGGAGCUGGAGGCCAAGCGUAGGUCCUUGCAGGAUAACUUCAUGCACUUUGGAAAGCGGCAGGCGGAGCAGAUGCCUCCAGAAGAAAGCUAUGGCUCUGAUGGGGAAGAGGGUAUGGUGAAUCGGUCUGACAUGGAUCGCUAUAGUAGCGAUCCCAAGCAGGAUUUUAUGCGAUUCGGCAGGGAUCCAAAGCAGGACUUUAUGCGCUGCGGCCGGGAUCCAAAACAGGACUUUAUGCGUUUCGGCCGGGAUCCCUCUGAUUUCAUGCGGUUUGGAAGGGCUCCAUCUGAUUUUAUGCGGUUUGGCCGGACCCCCUCGGACUUUAUGCGAUUCGGCCGGACUCCAUCGGACUUCAUGCGCUUUGGACGCUCGGACAACUUCAUGAGACUCGGACGCAGUCCUCACGAGGAGCUGCGAAGUCCCAAGCAGGACUUCAUGCGGUUCGGCCGGCCAGACAACUUUAUGCGAUUCCGACGCUCUGCUCCCCCAGAGUUUGAGCGCUAUGGCAAGAUGGACUCGAACUUCAUGCGCUUUGGAAAGAGCGCCAAUCCGGCUGCCCCACCCGCUUCAGGAGCUCCCGAGUCGAACCAGACAAAGUCGCAGCCAGCCAGCAACCAGCCCGGCGAACGGAGUCCCGUGGACAAGGCCAUGACUAUUCUGUUCAGGAAACAGGAACAGCAGCGGCAGUCCAAGAGCGGCGAGCAGACCGAACACACAGCUGAGGAUGGGAGCGUGGAACAAGAACAGUUCUACGGUCAGUAGAGAAACACCCCUACUAUAGUUCUCCUCCAUGUAAAUAUUAUCUGACAAGACCACGCUCGGAAUGUAAUGAUUAUGAUAUGAAAUGUAUUGAAAUACAGAACUCUUAAAAUACGUAUUGCCCUGUUCCCUCGUCAAACACUUGAUAAACGCCUAGGGUGUGAAUUUUUAAUGGGGCUGGAUUAAAAAUUCACCACGCUUUGAUCUGAUCAAAUUAAAAGUUGACACUCCACAAAUACUACAUACUACACUUAAUCGAAUAUAUAUGUAUAGUUUCAUUUGAAAUGCAUUGAAAUGUUGUGAACAAGUCCUUUCAAAUUAAAAUAAAGUCAAAACACUAUCCA